AUGAACUUAAACAGAGGGUUCCUGUGUGUUCUGAUUGUAUGCAGUCUGUCAGGCUGUCUGAUCUCAGAGGAAGGCUGUACUUCUCUGGUCUCAGCUCUGAGUUUCAACCCAUCCCAUCUGAGAGAGCUGGACCUGAGCUACAAUCAUCCAGGAGACUCAGGAGUGAAGCUGCUGUCAGCUGGACUUAAGGAUCCACUCUGGAGACUGGACACUCUCAGGGUGGAGCCUGCUGGAGUCAGAUGGUUGACACCAGGUCUGAGGAAGUAUUCCUGGGAACUCACACUCGACACAAACACAGUGAGCAGAAAACUCAAACUGUCUGACAACAACAGGAAGGUGACAUUAGUGGAGGAGGAUCAGCCAUAUCCUGAUCAUCCAGAGAGGUUUGACUGUCCUCAGCUGCUGUGUAGAGAUGGUCUGACUGGUCGCUGUUACUGGGAGGUCGAGAGGAGAGGAAAGGUUGAUAUAUCAGUGAGUUACAGAGGAAUCAGGAGGAAAGGAGACAGUAGAGACUGUUGGUUUGGACGUAAUGAUCAGUCCUGGCGUCUGUUUUGCUCUGAUUGUCGUUACUCUGUCCGGCACAAUAAGAGCGCAACAGUCAUCCAUCUAUCCUCCUCCUCUGUUUCCGAUAGAGUAGCAGUGUAUGUGGACUGUCCUGCUGGCUCUCUGUCCUUCUACACAGUCUCCUCUGACUCACUGAUCCACCUCUACACCUUCAACACCACAUUCACUCAGUCUCUUUAUCCUGGCUUUGGGGUCUGGUCAUCUGGUUCCUCAGUGUCUCUGUGUCCUGUGUCGUCCUGUGAGUCUCCUCCUGUCAGAGACCAGACAGUUGAGUCUGAUCAGAAUCAUCAGGCUGAUGUUAGUGAGGAGAAUGUGGGGAUCACCAAUGAUUUCCUGAAUAGAUUAGAUUCUGCUCCAAACAGCUAAAUGACAUAUAAUGCUCUUCCUCAUCAUCUCCAAAAGCUGCAUUCAGCAACCACCUUGCUGCUUAUCUGACAGCUUUAGUUCCUUUACACAUUCAGAUUAUUAAAACUAAAUACAAUCAGAUCAUACAUGAUGAUGUAUUAUUACAGAUUACCAGCUGCAACAUUAAAGUCAUCAGUCAUUAGAAACCAGUCAUAUCAUAUUGAUUAUUCUGCAGAAUCACCACUUUUACUUUUGGUACUUUAAGUAUUUUUAUGCUCAUACUUUUGUACUUGUACUUAGUUCUACACUGUGGUAUCAGUACUUUAACUUGAGUACUUAUUUUUCAUUAUGAUGUAAUGUUUUAUUACAUCAUAAUGAAAUAGUCGUUAGUAAACCUCCGUACAGAUCUGAGGCCUGUAGUACGAAGCAGGAUUUGGCGUUAACGAGCUAACUUCAGGUUC